UGCCAACGAGUCGUUCCAUGGCCAGACUGAAUUUAGGACGUGUUUAGUUCGGACAGUCGGUAUCGUUAGUCAGUGAAUCGGAGAUGUGUAGUUAGCGUAUACCGAAGAAAAAAUAGUUUAGUUUUUUAAACAACCUCUCCUAACAGUCUCAAUCAAUACAACUUCCAAGAUGCUGGUUGAAAUAUCGUCAGCUACUGAAUUUCUAGUCAACCUCCUCCGACUAAGUAGCUUUUCAAGUGAGCUGAAUCACGAGCAGUUGGUGAUGUUCCGGGGCUCGCUCUCUAAUGUCCUACAAAGCAGGUACCGUGAACACUGGUUCCCACUGAAACCGAACAAGGGAUCUGCUUACCGCUGUAUCAGGAUCAAUAACAAGAUGGAUCCUGUUAUCGCCCAGGCUGGGGCUGCCAUCGGGAUACCUCCAGAAUUCCUUCGUAAAAUGUUCCCUUGUGAGCUGACGGUAUGGAUCGACCCUUCUGAAGUCUCCUAUCGCAUCGGAGAACACGGCAGUAUCUGCACCCUGUACGAGAGCAAGAAGACUAAAGAAGAGUCACUAAACUUCCCUCCUCCGAGACAAUCUCCCGAGCUCUACCAUGAUCCGCGACAGUACGAGCAAGUCGACCCCAUGGUGGACUACAUUUACUAGUUCACCUCUGCCUUUUAAAUAACAGCGACUAAUGAUCUCAACAACAUGCAGCACGAAAAAGCUACAAAUCAGGGACCAGACCAAUAAGGCAGGUUUUGUGCUGAUAACUGUGAUGUAAAGUUAGUGGUCGCUGUUAUACACUAGUUGUCUAUUUUUAUCUAUAUUUUUUUGAGGCAGUCUUCCAGUUAGGAGAGUACCUAUAUCUACAUUGUUUCUUUUUUUACCGUUGCUGUACUUGACUUGAGAUGAUAUGAGUAAAACUCCAUUUAACCUGCUAUUGGCAGUAAUUAAGGUUAAGACUAGUCCAAAUGAUUAUAUUUCAAAUUUAUUUUUAUAACAAUUUUGAUUGUAUUUUAAAUAGUUUAGGUUUUGCUGAUAGUUGGAAACCAUCUUACUGCAGAAAAAAUAAUUGUAUUUUAAAUAUUUAUUGUUAUACAAUGCGUCUUUUUUUCAUCCUUUAUAAAAGGAAAAUAUAAUUUUGCAGUAUUUUUCAGCCCUGAGACAUAUCGUAGAAAUGUGGUCAGGGAUUUACACAAAAUAGUACCUAAUUUAUUUCAUCAACACGUUUGGGUUAUAACUGUCAUUUGUCUUUUCAUAGGUUAAAUUUAACCUAAUAUCUAAAAUUAAUGUAAUUUUCCUAUUAAGUCUAAUAAAAGCGAUGAAAUGUCAAUUUAAAUUUUUUUUUUACAUUACAAUUUCAAAGAUGAUUCCAUUUAAAGGUAGGAUUUAAAAUAUGAUUUUACUCAGUAAGUACACCUCAAGUGUUCUCUUUGUAAGUAGUAUAUUUCUUGAGUCAUUUAUACAAAUUAAUGUUGUUAUUGUAACCGUCAAAAACUGUUUGUCCCAUUGACAUAAGUGUACUUAAGGUUAAAUAACUGCCAUAAUUGGAUUGCAAAUGGACUUUUUGUAAGUAAUAUAUUUUUGAGAAAUAAGAGACUGGAUUGUAUUGUAAUGUAUUGUGUACAAAAUAAGCUGGUAGUGCAGCAUUCUGUGAUUGUAGUUUUAACAACAGUAUUUACUAAGUCCAAUGUUAUGGCAGUCCGCUAGUUAGGAGGCUAUUGCCAGUACUUGUAAACACACUCUUGUUCAGAUUGCUAGAAAAGCCUGAAACUUUCAUCAGUAAAUUUUUAAAUGCUAAAGACUGCCAUUUAUUUAAUUCUGUUUUCAUUCUUUUAAUUUUAAUAUAUUAAUAAUUUAUACUUAUUUUAUCUAAUUUUCAAAAUUCCCUGUUCAUGUAAAAUACGUUCAACAAAGUCAUGUUGUAACUUGACCUGUCCUCACCUUUGAUGUAACACACAUUAAGGGUAGUCAGAUUUCACUUCUUUAACCAUGUUAGUUUUAUAUUUUUUAAAAAUUGUGAAGAAGACUCUUAGGGUUCCCAACUGCCAUUAUUCAGAUAUUUGUCACAUUUUAUGUUAUUUUUGCCUUAUUAAAUAUUUUUACAUCUAACCUUCAACAAAGUAUGCUUAGAGUUGUGGCAAUCUUCAGUGAUUAAAUGAUGUACUAGUAAAAUCAAAUUUCUUUAGUUGAUAGACACUUAAAUAAUGUUUUAUUGUUCUUUUGAAACUCUGUUGCAAAACAAAUUAUCUAUUAAUACAACAAGAGAUGGCUACAACUUAACAUCUUGUGAAUUAAGACCACCUUGGUUAUUGCCCUUAUUAGAGACAACAUUACUAAUAAUAAAUAAUACAACAUUUUGGGUUACAGGUACAAAAUAUCUAAAAAAUCAAAUCUGUUAAAUCAGUUAUAAUCAAAGGGAAUUGAAGUUGGGAAUUCGGUCCUGGAGUUUUAAUUACCGGUAAUUGAUGGCAAUUUGUAUAGCCUAUUAAAGAAGACUCAUAUGGAUAUCUGAGUACAAAACUAGCAAUCUUGAAUAUGAGUGGGUGAUGUGGUGUUUAGUUUUGUAUACAACUGAAAGUGUGUUGAAAGGAUUGUACAUACAAGGCUAUCUUAAUGCAUUUAUUUAGGCUACUGAUUAUUUUUUAGAGUAAAAUACAAUACAUUGCAAUGAAAAUAAAAACUCUUUGCGCAGCACACAAUUUUAAGGUUAUAUUUAGUUUUCAAGUAAUAAAUAUAAUUGGUUCAGCUAAAUUUCUUAAUCAACCCUUUGUUGAUGAUACACACUCCUUAAAACGGGUAGUUAUUGGUUUAUUUUUUCUAUGUGGGGUCGAUGUAUCAUAAGCAUUGGGUUACUUCUCUACAGUGGUCAAUAUUUAAGUGUGAAUUACAACUAUCACUUUUUUUAUAUUUUCAUUGCAAUGAUAUUUUUUAAACCUUGACAAGUUUUUUGUACGUUUUUGUUGAUAACCAGUAGCCUACCAGAAAGCUGUGAUAGUGUGAGUGUGAUCAUACAUAGCUGUAGCUGUAAGGUUCGUUACCACGGCUGGCACUGGCGAUGGUCUUCUGGCCAGCGUCCUGCCUGCAUUAUACGAAUCACUUGCACACAUUUUGUACAAACAUCAUCCUUCUCAUUAAUUUAUUACACAAACUAACGUCCAAAUUUAGCCGUUAAAGGGUUUCUCUCAUUUUCAGUAGUGUAAUAAUGUCGUAAAUACUUUGUAUAAAAUAAAAAGUUGUUUCAGAAUUUUAAUAUUUUAAAUAUUUUUAAUAUAAUGUGUGUUAAAACAUGUUCUACUGUAAAUAGUUGUAAAAUUUAUUUGUAUAAUGACAAAUGCUAUUAAUGUAAGAUUUAUAUAUUGCCUUUGGUCCUUGUUUUGUACAGAAAGUAGCUAUAAGCUAAAUAAAAGUAAUUUUUCCAA